UCAAAAACUUUCUUAAACCAUACCCUAAUUCGAUUCUAAUCCAAAAAUAUGAUUCCGUAGUUUGCAUUACAAGCAGCUUUAUAUUUGCUUAAUAAACACAUCUAUAUAGCGACCAAAUUAGGCCAUCCGUCGCUACAUACUUGUGAUAUAUAUAUUAUUGUCUUGGAAUCAAAGCAAAGCAGUUGGAGUCUUGGCCACCAUCUCUCUUUCUUUCAUUUAUAUUUCUUCAUUUUAUUUUCAUUUGUAACCAUAUCAUCUGUCCAAAAUCCAACCAUAUUUUCGGUUUCUUGAGGUUUUAAGACCGCGUGUAUCGGUUUCAACAAGUUUUGAUCAUACCCAUGUUGAUUUCUUGAAGCUUGAAUCUUGUCCAUAUGAAAAUAAUCAAGAAAAACUUGUUCUUUAAGUUUCUUGAGAGGGAAGUUUCAUGAUAUAGGUUGGUUUGAACUUUGAAGGCAUAUAUUGAUACAAAAGCUUAAGUUUGUGAUUUUCUAGCGAUGAAUACGCGAUACUUGUUUACACCAGAGUCGCUAUGCAACUCUGCUGUAGCGGUUUCAUUUUCAUUGAUUCCAAAUGGUAGAGAAGAGGGGACGACAGAGGACGUGGGCCCACACAAUAGGGCCACCUCUCGGCCCACUGCCACCACCAGUGUCCCCUCUUCUUUCUUGGUAAGAAUGGCAAUUAGAAUAUCAAGAGCUAGAUGGUAUUCUUUUGCAAGAAGGGUGUUUCAUUACCAAAAUGCCGCAAGAUCGGAUAUCGGGUCGAACCCGUUUAAUACGGGUUCUUGGAUGUUUAUGGAGUUUUUGGGUUUGGUGUUUCAAAUUGUGAUGAUAGCGUAUACUCUAUCGGUUUCCAAAGAAGAGAAGCCGGUUUGGCCCAUGAGAACAUGGGUAUCCGGGUAUGGAGCCGGGUGUGUGCUUAAUCUAGCGUUGUUGUUUUGGCGGUAUCGGGUUUUUUGUUGGACCCAAGUUGGAGUAGAACAUUCUGUUAACAUCGAAGAGUCGAGGAACUUACAAAUGAUGAACAAAUUUCGGACAUUUAUGGAGCUAUUCUUUGCCAUAUGGUUCGUGAUGGGGAACGUUUGGGUGUUCGAUUCCCGGUUCGGAACCUUUCGACGAGCUCCAAAACUCGACGUUCUUUGCAUCUCACUACUUGCUUGGAACGCCAUCACCUACUCGUUUCCCUUCAUAUUGUUUCUAUUUCUAUGUUGUUUCGUGCCACUUAUUAGCAACCUUCUCGGCUACAACAUGAACGCUGGCUCAACCAACCGCGGUGCAUCUGAAGAACAAAUCUUAAAGCUACCCACAUGGAAAUAUAAAGAAACCGAAUCUGAUAUAGAACACGGAAAGGCCAUCAUCGAUAACUCAAUCACUGAAUGUUGUAUAUGUUUAGCAAAAUACAAGGAGAAGGAAGAUAUGAGACAAUUGGGAUGUUCACAUACAUUCCAUAUGAAAUGUGUUGAUCAAUGGCUCAAGAUAGUAUCAUGUUGUCCCCUUUGUAAGCAAGAACUUGAACGAUGACACAUUUGAAAGAGCUACAUUUACUUGUCCUUUCUAAAAAAAUAUAUUUUAAAUUUGUAAAAACAUAUACAUACUUGGUUACUAGAGUGAGGAUCGUUUUUUGAAUUUGAAAUCCACCGGUAACUCAAAUGUUUGAAUUUAUUGUUUUUUUAUUUGUUAUUUUA